UCGUGUCAGUCGGUCACGACACCGAAAAAAAAUUCACUAUUCCGGUCGCUUUUCCUCAUUCAGCCGGCCAUGAUGUUGAAUGCUGUAACGAAAGCUGCCGCUGGGGCCCUUCGGGCCGUCAAACCCGCAUUAUUACAACCCGAAGUCGCUAAAGUUUCUGGAGUCCUCUCCGUAAACAGACGCGAAUAUGCAGCUGCCAAACCAGCGCCAAAACCCGGCACAGUUCAAGGGAGGGUAGUAGCUGUUAUUGGUGCCGUCGUCGACGUGCAGUUCGACGAUGCUUUGCCACCAAUUUUGAACGCCUUGGAGGUCCAGAACCGUACACCCCGUCUGGUACUCGAGGUCGCUCAGCAUCUUGGAGAAAACACCGUUCGUACUAUUGCCAUGGACGGUACUGAGGGUUUGGUUCGUGGACAGCCUGUCAUGGACUCCGGCUUCCCCAUUCGUAUCCCAGUGGGUGCUGAAACUCUAGGUCGUAUCAUCAAUGUCAUUGGAGAGCCCAUUGACGAGCGUGGUCCAGUUAACACCGACAAGUUGGCAGCUAUCCACGCUGAAGCUCCCGAGUUCGUGGACAUGUCCGUCGAGCAAGAGAUCUUGGUCACUGGAAUCAAGGUCGUUGACUUGUUGGCUCCUUAUGCCAAGGGUGGAAAAAUUGGUCUCUUCGGUGGUGCUGGAGUAGGAAAAACCGUAUUAAUUAUGGAGCUGAUCAACAACAUCGCCAAAGCUCACGGAGGUUACUCAGUAUUCGCCGGUGUGGGAGAGCGAACCCGUGAGGGUAACGAUCUGUACCACGAGAUGAUUGAAACCGGAGUAAUUUCUUUAAAAGACAAGACAUCAAAGGUAGCGUUGGUGUACGGUCAGAUGAACGAGCCCCCCGGCGCGCGUGCCCGAGUCGCCUUGACCGGAUUGACCGUCGCCGAGUACUUCCGAGACCAGGAAGGUCAAGACGUGUUGCUCUUCAUCGACAACAUCUUCAGGUUCACCCAGGCCGGUUCUGAAGUAUCUGCCCUGCUGGGUCGUAUCCCCUCCGCCGUAGGAUACCAGCCAACCCUGGCCACUGACAUGGGUACCAUGCAGGAACGUAUUACCACCACCAAGAAGGGUUCCAUCACCUCAGUACAGGCCAUCUACGUACCUGCUGACGAUUUGACUGACCCUGCCCCCGCUACCACCUUCGCUCACUUGGACGCCACCACUGUGUUGUCCCGUGCCAUCGCUGAGCUGGGUAUCUACCCCGCUGUCGACCCCCUCGACUCCACCUCCCGUAUCAUGGACCCCAACAUCAUUGGACCGGAGCACUACAACAUUGCUCGUGGUGUCCAGAAAAUCUUGCAGGACUACAAAUCCCUCCAGGAUAUUAUUGCUAUCUUGGGUAUGGAUGAAUUGUCUGAGGAAGACAAAUUAACUGUCGCACGUGCUCGUAAGAUCCAGAGGUUCUUGUCUCAGCCUUUCCAGGUUGCUGAGGUAUUCACUGGACACCCUGGCAAAUUGGUACCACUUGCCGAAACCAUCAAAGGAUUCCAAAAGAUCUUGGCUGGAGAACUCGAUCACUUCCCCGAGGUCGCAUUCUACAUGGUUGGACCCAUUGAAGAAGUCGCUGCCAAGGCAGAGACGCUCGCCAAGUCAUAA